UAAUUAAUUAUAUUAUUUCUGAUGCAAGAAGAAGAAGAAUAAUAUUCAUGUCUCGAAGAAUUCUUUAUUGACAGUUGCAGAUUUGGGUAAGUAGCUUAUUCAUUUUUAGAGAUUAUGAAGAUGCAAUCGGCUGCUUUGAAGAUAAUGUGGAUUUAUUUUGGAUUGACAUGAAUUAAAAUAAUUGCAUUCGUAAUUUUUAUUUAAAUAAAUUUAGAUAUGGUUUCAGCAAAUGGUCAUUAAUCUAUUCUUGAAUAAAUAAUCUAGUAUUCCCAAAAAAAAAAUAUUGAUCUAAAUAAAUUAAUUAAUCAUCAAAAUUAAUAUGGAUGUACUCCUCUACGUAAUUAUAUAUCAAAUUAUUCAGAUUGGGCUGUAUUAAAUAAUUAAUUGGCCAUUAUUACUAUAUUAUUAUAGAAUGGAGCAGAUAUUACAAUUAAAAAUUUAAAUGGUUUAACAUGUAUAGAUGAAGCUGUUUCACUUGAUAAAAAAGAUGUUAUAGUAAAUCUUUUUUUUAUUCUUAGGAAUUAUUAUCAAAAAAUAUAUCUUUAACUGAAGAUUAAUAGUAAACUUUUAAUGAAGCACCUGAUAUUAUUGAAAAAGAAGAAGAAGAUUAAGUUGAAUGA